AUGAGUACUUUGCCUUUGCCUCGGCCUCAUUUUCUAGUUAUACCAUUUCCAGUUCAAGGACACAUCAACCCUCUUAUGCAACUCUCCCAAGCUCUAGCCAAACAUGGUUGCAAGGUCACAUUUCUACUCACCGAGUUCAGCCAUAACCGAUCGAGAACCGGUGGUUCCGCCUCCGGGCUAGACAAGAUAAAAGUGGUGACACUUCCAGAUGGAUUGGAGCAUGAAGGUGAUAGAAGUGAUAUAAGUAAAGUUAUGUUAUCAAUUAAAAGCACCAUGCCUAGUAGACUUCCAAAGCUUAUAGAAGAUGUUAAUAAAAAUAAUAAGAUAAAUUGUAUUGUUGUUACAUUUAAUAUGGGUUGGGCAUUGGAAGUGGGACACAAAUUGGGAAUCAAAGGAGCUCUAUUUCAUCCAGCUUCUGCCACUAGCUUGGCUUGUGUUGUAAGCAUACCUAAACUUCUUGAGGAUGGGAUUAUUGACUAUGAAGGAAAUCCCACCAAAAAAGAAGAAAUUCAAAUCUCUCAUAAUAUACCUAAGAUGGACACAAGAAACAUUCCAUGGCAUGGCCUAGAUAAAAUCUUCUUUGAUCAUAUUCUGCAAGAGAUACAAACUAUAAACCUAGCUGAAUGGUGGCUUUGCAACACUACUCAUGAUCUUGAGCCUGGUGUUUUUUCCAUAUCACAAAAAUUUCUACCAAUAGGCCCAUUGAUUGAAACUAACGACAACAAAAGUUCAUUUUGGCAAGAAGACACAACAUGUUUAGAAUGGUUAGACAAACAAAAACCUCAAUCUGUCAUAUAUGUUUCCUUUGGAAGCUUGGUAGAAAUGGAACAAAACCAGUUCAAUGAACUAGCCCUAGGGCUUGAUCUUCUCGACGAGCCUUUUCUUUGGGUUGUUCGUCCGAGUAACGACGACAAGGUAAACUAUGAAUACCCUAAUGAUUUUCAUGGAAGUAAAGGUAAAAUUGUUGGUUGGGCGCGACAGAGAAAAAUAUUGAACCAUUCAGCUAUUGCUUGUUUUAUAAGUCAUUGUGGUUGGAAUUCUACCAUGGAAGGUGUACAUGGUGGUGUACCUUUUUUGUGUUGGCCAUUUUUCACAGAUCAGUUUCUUAAUAAGUCUUAUAUUUGUGAUGUGUGGAAGAUUGGAGUUGAAUUAGAGAAGGAUGAUAAGGGGUUUAUAUCAAGGCAAGAGAUAAGGAAGAAGGUGGAUCAAGUAGUUCAUGAUGAUAUCAUAAAGAAAAUGUGUUUGAAAAUUCAGAAAAUGAGUAUUGAUAAUAUAGAACAAGGUGGACAAUCUUCUAAGAAUCUUCAAAACUUUAUUAGUAGGGUGAAUAAUUAA